UUAUGGGGUUACAUCCCGUUUCUGCCCUGCUUGCCUCUCCCCAUGUGGGGAACAGAUUCAACAGACCUUGUCCCAGCUGAACGGGUGUCAUCUCGCAUCCAUCAUGCAAAGUUACAUGUCUAUCUCACUUUGAUGGCUUGUAGUUAUAUUUAUACCAUGCAAAGUAGCGGUUACCCCACGAUCUGGUGCGGUAGCUAUGGCACUGGAAUGCAUUCCCUGGCUAUAAUCGGCCUUGCCUUCCGAGAUAUACGAUUCUCCAGGAUACAUGGGCAUCAAUUACCUGGGUUUUUGAUCUCAUAUUCGUCCUUCAUGAAAGCUGAUCAGCAUGUGUCAAUGGGCACGGAGACGCUCUUGGCCGGAAACAUGCGGCGCGACGCCCCCUUGCGACAGAGGCCUUGCCUGAUGCCUGUGAAUGGAGAGGCUUGAUCAAACGGUCAUACAAGCAUCCCCCCAGCAGCAGAAAAGCGGAGGAGAACCAAGCAUCUAGAAAACGUCAGCAUUGGAUGUAUCGAGCGAGAGAGAUAUCAACUUAUAUAAACCCCAAGAGUGUUUCCUCUGGAACAUAACACUGAACCCUCUCUUAUUGAAAGGGCACAAGAUCUUCUUAGCCCAGUUUCUUUUUGAGGUUCUCUUGAUAUCCCCAGAAUGCACGGUCUUCUCCUCGCCGCUGCCGGGCUUCUUAGCCUACCGCUCCAUGUUGUCGCGCAUCCUCAGCCAAGCACAAGCCUCGCUGGCCGAGGCGUAGACUUGGAUGCCUACCGCAUGGCUGACAGGUCCAGCUACAUGAGUUCAGAUGACAUGAAGCUCAAACAACCCGCCAUUGCCUCUCUCAGCGGUGGUAACUAUGUUGACACCGCUACAGAGGUUGUUAAGCGUAUGAUGCCUGGCAUGACCUUCCGUAUGGCUGAUGAUCACUAUGUUGGCGAGUCCGGAAUCAGUCAUUUAUACUUCCGCCAGACGAUGCACGGCAUGGAUAUCGAUAACGCUGACUUCAACGUCAAUGUAAGUUUAACCAAGCACUGCAUGUAUUUACUUCAAACCAAUGCGGCUCAUCAGCCAAAAAUAGAUUGGCAAAGACGGAAAAGUCCUUUCCUUUGGACACUCCUUCUACACCGGCCCUGCUCCUGAUAGGGCACCGGUUGAGAAGCGAGACUUCUCUGGUCCUAUGCGGGCCUUCCAUGGUGCUUGCAAGGCCCUUAACCUUCCUAUAAACGCCGAUAAAGCGACAAUCCAGACUAUGAAUGAGCAUGAAGUGAUGUUCGUGGGGACUUCGGGAGCCAUGUCCGAUCCACAGGGCAAGCUAUGCUAUAUGGCGAAAGAGGAUGGAACCCUGGCCCUUACCUGGAGGGUGGAGACUGACAUGGGCGAUAACUGGCUUCUAUCCUACGUUGAUGCUAAAGAAACAGACAAAGUCCACAAUGUUGUCGACUAUGUCUCCCAUGCAACUUACCAAGUCUAGUAUGCUUCUCCUCUGUCUUUUCAACCGCUAGUGGUCUGGAUUGUGACGUCCCAACCCUCCAAUGCAAAAACAUAGAAGCUAACCUGUAUACACUCUAAUAGCCGAUGGCCUAUCCCUGAUCCCACCGAAGGCAAGCGGGAGAUCGUUGAGAACCCCUGGAACCUCAAAACCUCGCCGUUCACAUGGAUUAGCGAUGGGAAGACCAACUACACCACAACUAGGGGCAACAACGCUAUUGCACAAGCCAACUUCGAUGGUGGAGAGGAUUACCUCAACAACUACCGGCCGAAUAGCAAGAAUCUCAAAUUUGAGUACCCUUAUGCGCCUAAUAUGAGCCCACCAAAGUCAUAUAUCGAUGCAUCAGUUACACAGCUAUUCUACUCUGCCAAUAUAGUACACGAUCUGUACUAUAUGCUCGGAUUUACGGAGAAAGCUGGCAACUUCCAAGUUAACAACCAUGGCCAGGGUGGUAAAGGCAAUGAUUUUGUCAUUCUCAAUGCUCAGGAUGGCUCUGGCACUAACAAUGCCAAUUUUGCUACCCCUCCCGAUGGCAAGCCUGGGCGUAUGAGAGUGUAUAUCUGGACCAAGGCCAAGCCAGCUCGCGACUCCUCUUUCGAAGCCG